UAAUAAUAAAAAAUAGAAAAAAUGGAAAAGGAAAAAGAUUUAUAUCGUGAAACAUGGGUGCGCUAUUUGGGCUAUUGCAAUGAAGUUGGUGAGGCCUUUCGUCGUUUGGUCCCAUCCAAAUUGGUCACAGCCAGUUAUGUGGUAUCAACGGGCUAUGUUUGUGCCGAUACAAUUGAUAAAUCCUACAAGGAUUAUAAACAAGGUGCCUCGGUGAAAAAUGUUGCCAUAACCGCCACGGAUGUUUUCAUUUGGCAAAUAUUAGCAUCGGUUGUUAUACCCGGUUUCACUAUAAAUAGAAUCACCUAUCUGAGUGGACGCCUGCUAAGACAAGCUAAUGUCAAGAAGGCGAUUGCCAAAUAUUUGCCAACCGCCUUUGGUUUAACAUCGAUACCGUUUAUUAUCCCGCCAAUUGAUCAUAGUGUGGACUAUCUAAUGGAUAAUACCUAUAGGAAAUUUGUGACAAAGGCAACGUAA